ACUACUGCGACUUGGGCUCCUCUUCUUUCUCCUCCUUCUUCACCUUCGGUCAAGACUAACUGCGUCUUUUUUUUCUCUCUCUUCUUCUUCUUCUUUUAUCAUUCCUCAGCUUCCUUUCACCAGGAACUUUCUCCCCGCAACCCGCGCAAAAUUUACUCUUUUCCCACUCGAUCCCGCUCCUUUUGUUUUUCAAGUUCUGAGAGCUCUGAAGUCUGUUGCUUGUUCGAUCGGUCGCGACCCAUCUAGCCCACGAUGGACGGUGGCCAGACCACGACCAGUACCGCCUCCGCGGGCAACUCCAGCGAUUUUGUACGGAAGCUUUACAAGAUGCUGGAGGACCCGUCGUAUGCGGAAAUCGUACGGUGGGGUGAUGAAGGAGACAGUUUCGUUGUCUUGGAGUGCGAAAAAUUUACCAAAACCAUUCUUCCCAAGCAUUUUAAACACAGCAACUUCGCCAGUUUCGUGCGGCAGCUGAAUAAGUACGAUUUUCAUAAAGUACGGCAGAAUAAUGAGGAAAAUGGACAAUCGCCGUAUGGUCAGAAUGCAUGGGAGUUUAAACACCCCGAGUUCCGCGCGAACAGCAAGGACUCUCUCGACAACAUUCGACGGAAGGCGCCAGCCCCGCGGAAGCAGACCCAGACCCACGACGACUCCGUUCCCACGCAGCAGAUCGAUCUACUUAACCAGCAGAUUGUAGCACAACAACAGCAGAUUCAACACCUGUCAGACCGCUAUGCACAGCUGACAGUGGAUCAUCAGCUGAUGCUGCAGGAGGUAAUGAGGGUCCAGAAAACCGUCCUUAACCACGAGAACGUUAUUCACCAGGUGAUGAACUACUUGCUUUCGGUGGAUGCACGACAGAAGCGCGAUGGUAAAUCCGGCCCUUUCCAAGCUCAGGGUCAGGCUGGUUCCAACCUGAGUCCCUCCCAGGUUGCUGCCAUGGACGACGAACCUUCCUCCCCGUUACAGCAAGCUUCAAAGCUCUUAAACGAUAUGAAUGCCGAGAUUCAAUUCAACCUUGCCGGUCUCGAAUCUAUGGGAGAACCCUCCAAAACAGCUGGAGUUGUCGCUACCUCUGCACUAGAAACUGCUCCGCGUAACGGGGUCGUGCGCCCACCUACUGUCACGGCUGCGAACCCGGCUUUGGUCUAUCAAAAGAUGAAUGGCGAUAUGGAGUCUGUCGUGUAUCCCGUCGGUGCAACUAAUGGGAUUGACCCCAUGUACGGUGAACAUGUCAACAACGUCCCGUAUCCGAUUCCUCCCAAACAGGAAAUUGAUGAUUCCCGGAGACAGUUUCCUGAGAACAGGAAGAAGAGCACCAAUGUUGACCCAGGAUGGGUGCGUAGUCCACGGAUCUUGCUUGUCGAGGAUGAUGCAACGUGUCGUCAGAUUGGUGGAAAAUUCCUUUAUUCCUUCUCUUGUGAAAUUGAUACAGCGUUUGAUGGACUGGAAGCUGUAAAUAAGAUUCAGGAUGGUUCCAAGUAUGAUCUGAUUCUUAUGGACAUCAUUAUGCCAAACCUGGAUGGAGUUUCCGCGUGUCACCUCAUUCGCCAAUUCGACCGAACCCCUAUUAUCGCCAUGACCUCGAAUAUUCGAAGCGAUGACAUUCAACUUUACUUCCAGCACGGAAUGGACGACGUGCUCCCGAAACCCUUUACAAGAAAAAGUCUUCUAGAUAUGCUAGAGAAGCACCUGGUUCAUCUGAAGACCAUGUCGCAAGGCAUGGAGGCUCCCCAGCCCCCGACAGCUGUCACGAUGGCUGCGCAAAGCUCAGCUGCACAGUCUGUUAAAGAAGACAGCUCCCCUGGCCAGUCACCUGCUACUUCGAUGAACACUUGGCAAUCCCCGGGCCAAUUCCAGGGAAUGGCGACGGUUCCUGCCACCCUUCAACAAGUUCCAGGCCAAUACGUUCCUACCAAUCCAGCGGCCGCUGCUUAUGCUGUAGAUCAAAAUGGGGUGCAAUAUCCCGCACCCCCUGCAGUGGCACUUGCCGCAGCGGGGCCCCGCCCGCAACCACGCCGCCAGGUCUCCGAAAUCGCCAAUGCUGCAGAGAACCCCAAUUUAGCGAAGCGGCCACGCAUGUACGCACAUCCGCCUCAGUCAAUGGUCAACCCAAUGCAGGCUACUCGUACUGGUUAAAGAUCAUGUUUUGAAGCCUUUCUUUUGUAUAUUUUUUAUCGACAAAUUGCCGCCAUUCAUUCCCUUUAUUCCAGCCCAGCUUGACUUUGUUAAUUUCUGUAUAGCCACAUCUUGGAUUGAUGACGACCUUUCCUCCUGCUUUAAUGAACCCCUAGCCGCACGACAUUUGCC